CGUGCUCAAGCACAUGUAAUUGUGCACACAUGUCCCGUGGCACAGGUGUGGCAGUCAGGAUAACUCUGAGAGUCAGUUCUCCUCUUCUACCUUUCUAUGAGUUCUGGGGAUCUAUCUCGGGUCAUCAGGCGGCAUGACAAGUGCUUGUACCCCUCGGCCACCCCUCUGGCCUCUUGAUUCUCUUUGUGCAGGAGUAGUCAGCUCUCUUAGUGGAGCAAAAAAGAGAUUCCCAGUCAUGUUUCCAUCAGAAAGAGCUGGAUCCCAUUCUUCUUUCUCUUUCUCCCUUUCUAGAAAGGCACUUGUCUCCCCGGGACAGAGUAUUUAGAAAGAUCUGCGCCUUCAUGCCUGGCAGAGAAGCUCGUGGGCUGACCUUAGUCACUAUCACGUCUUACAGUUGCACAGUGUUCUGGGAUUUAUGAGGUGGCCUUGUUGAUUCGGAGAAGGCUGUGUGCCUGGGCAGGCGUGGAGAACUUGGUUUUGUGGGCGGAAGGCAGGCCCUGAGGACCUGGGGGUGGGACCCUCUGGUUUGAAGCAGUUUCAGUCUGGCUGGAGCCCUCAAUCCUAGCCCAGGAUUCUUCAGCACCCCGUUUGCCGUGAGGGUUGUGAAGUGAAACCAUCACAGUUCCAGUGUUCAGGCCCUGCAGUCCGCUUGUUGUCCAGGCUCUUUAAAAGGUGGAACUAGAGCAUCAGUGUGCCGUGGUUCCCAAGAACUGCCCCUGCCUGUCUCUGCCACUCCCGUCGCAUCUCUUGUUUUCUGUCCCCCUUUCUACGUAUGUUCUGGCUUUUCCUUGUACCAGCUCUGGAAAAGGCUCCACUUUCCCGGGCCCCAAGUUGUGUCCCUUGCUUUGCUUGGACCACUCCCUACAGGAUGUUCUCCGCGCCCUUGGACCCCGAUGGGACCGUGUUCCGGCUCCGCUUCACAGCCUUUGUCUGGUGGGUCAUCACUUUUCCCCUGUUCGGCUUCUUCUUCUGCAUCAUCUGGUCUCUGGUGUUCCACUUUGAGUACACGGUGGCCACUGACUGUGGGGUGCCCAAUUACCUGCCAUCAGUGAGCUCUGCCAUUGGUGGGGAGGUUCCCCAGCGCUAUGUGUGGCGUUUCUGCAUUGGCCUGCACUCAGCACCCCGCUUCCUGGCGGCCUUCGCCUAUUGGAACCACUACCUCAGCUGCGCAUCCCCGUGUCCGGGUUACCGCCUCCUUUGCCGCCUCAACUUCAGUCUCAACGUGGUGGAGAACCUCGCGCUGCUCGUGCUCACCUACGUCUCCUCCUCCGAGGACUUCACCAUCCACGAAAAUGCUUUCAUUGUGUUUAUCGCGGCAUCCCUCAGUUACAUGCUCCUCACCUGCAUUCUCUGGCGGCUGACCAAGAAGCACACAGUAAGUCAGGAGGAUCGCAAGUCCUACAGCUGGAAACAGCGGCUCUUCAUCAUCAACUUCGUCUCCUUCUUCUCGGCGCUGGCUGUCUACUUCCGGCACAACAUGUACUGUGAGGCUGGAGUGUAUACCGUUUUUGCCAUCCUGGAGUACACUGUUGUCCUAACCAACAUGGCGUUCCACAUGACAGCCUGGUGGGACUUCGGGAACAAAGAGCUGCUAAUAACCUCUCAGCCCGAGGAAAAGAGAUUCUAAAUCCUUCUCUGAUGCUGGGAAGAGGCAACCCACUGCCCUUCAGAAACAAGAAGCCACUCCGGCCUUCUCCAUGUCCUCUCCAGCUGGGACCUGGGGGAGAAGAGCAGGAGUGGGCGUGACAAGGCUCACCCCAGCAUGCUGGUGUCUCCCCAACCCUCACAGGGAUUUUCAAGAAACAUCACCACUAACGGAAAGGUCCUCAGAACUGCGCUGGCAGGAAAGCUCCACCACUUGGUGCUAAAAAGAAAAAAAAAAAAAGAAAAAAGUCCUGAGGUUCAUGACUAUCAUUUAGCUUUUGACCUUUAAGUAGACACUUUUCACUGAGGUUAGGAACCACUGAGCAAUGGCUGCUACCAGAAGAUCACAGCCAUUUUGCUCUAGGUCACUCAUUUGACUGAUGUGUCUAGUGAUCUACCAGAGUGGUUGUAGUUCUAUGAAUUGCCCAGGUGUUCCAGAUGUAUGCUCUUCCCAUCAGCCUCAUUGUGUUCCUGUGUAUGCCUGCGGGGAAGGCUUUGCCGGCAUCUCUGAGGUCAUCUGAUGGAAGCAGUGCUCUGUACCUGACAGAUGACCUGUCCCAGAAGCCUCAAGCAUGGGAUGUAGUUUCCUUCCCAUCUACAACCACUGGCUUUUUGGGCGAGCUGAAAUAUGCCUGUAAGCUUAGCACACCGGAGGCUGAGACGGGUGGACUGCAUCAAGAUCCAUGCCAACCUGGGCUACAGUGAGACCUCGUCUCAAAAAUGAAAUGUCAGGCAUGGUGGCACAUGCCUUUUAAUCCCAGCACAGCAGAGGCAGGCAGAUAUGUGAGUUCAAGGCCAGACUGGUCUACACACUGAGUUCCAGGCCAGUCGGCUAUACAGAAAGACCCUGUCUCAGAAAAAAACCAAAGUAAUCAACCUCUAAAAUCACAGGCAUAUUAAGACCUUUCCCUCUGACAAGGGGGCGGAGGUAGAUUUCCCUAUUCAAGAAUGGGUUCCUUGAUUUCCUUCAUUUUCUCUACUGCCCCAGAUCCCCAGCUUUGAUUUGUGUAUUUUAUCUCAAAGGACAAUAAAUGUUUUUCUUUUGCCAACAA